AUGCCGUUUUUUGCUGCGUCACUGCUCAAAUCUCUAAAAGUUCCAUCAGCUUUUAGAGCUUUUUCAUCAGCGGGGACAAGUUUCAAUAGGCUCUCCCCAUCAACUUUCCGUCUUUUAUUCAUCACGACGAGUCGUCUCUAUUCGACAACGGCAACGAAAAUGGCAAAACCGGGAAUUGUCGUCAAAAGAUAUGACAAUAUUGUGAAAGGAGCACAAGAUGCAAGAGAGUAUCGUGGCUUGGAGUUGACAAACGGUCUCCGCGUUCUUCUCAUUUCUGAUCCGAAAGCAGACAAAAGUGCGGCCGGGAUCGAUGUGAAUGUUGGUCAUUUGAUGGAUCCAUGGGAGCUCCCAGGGACGGCCCAUUUCUGUGAACACAUGCUCUUUUUGGGAACAGAUAAGUAUCCAUCGGAAAACGAGUACUCGAAAUUCAUCUCAUCACACGGGGGAAUGACAAAUGCUUUCACUUCAUCCGACAAUACGAAUUAUCAUUUUGACAUCAAACCGAAUGAGCUACCGGGUGCUUUGGAUCGUUUUGCGCAAUUCUUCUUGGCUCCACAGUUCACCGAAAGUGCUACUGAAAGAGAGGUGUGUGCUGUUGACAGCGAACAUUCAAACAAUCUCAACAACGACAACUGGAGAGCACUGCAGAUUGAUAGAAAUCUCUCGAAACCGGGCCAUGAUCACGGGAAAUUCGGAACUGGAAACAAAGUGACGCUUUUGGAAGAAGCAAGGCAAAAAGGAGUUGAACCAAGAGAGGCGCUGUUGGAAUUCCAUCGGAAAUACUAUUCGAGUAAUAUCAUGUCUUUGUCUAUUCUUGGCUGCGAACCUUUGGACACUCUUGAAUCUUAUUUGGAAGAGCUUGGCUUUAGUGAGAUCAAGAACAAGAAUGUUCCUCGCCACGUUUGGGACGAACAUCCAUAUGGGCCGGAGGAAUGCGGGAAAAUGGUCGAGGUUGUCCCAAUCAAAGACAAUAGCUCACUCACUGUCACUUUCCCAUAUCCAGAUCUCCGUGAUGAGCAAUGCAGUCAACCAGCUCAUUACAUUUCUCAUCUCAUCGGUCACGAGGGCCCCGGGAGUCUUCUGUCAGAGCUGAAAAGACGUGGAUGGGUGAGCUCCCUGAGCGCUGGCCACAACGCAAUCGCUGCCGGCUUUGGGAAAUUCACGAUUGUCGUUGAUUUGAGUCAAGAUGGACUCGAGAAUGUGGAUGAGAUCAUCGCGUUGAUCUUCAACGAGAUCGGAUUGAUUAAGAGUACCGGCCCUCAAAAAUGGAUCCAAGAGGAGUUGGCCGAGCUGGGAGAAAUGAAAUUUCGAUUCAAGGGGAGACAAAGAAAGCCCGAUGAGCUAUGUGACAAUGCUGUCAAGAAUUAUCUGAUGCCCGAUUUUAAACCAGAAAUCAUCACGGCUCUUCUCGAGUCGAUGCGUCCAGAAAAUAUGAUUUGUCGAGUGGUGGCCAAGAAAUUUGCGGGUCAACCGGAUAACACAAAUGAACCGAUCUAUGGCACAGAGAUGAGGAUUACGCAAAUUUCAAAGGAAAAAAUGGAUCGUUUCACAGCUGCUCUUGACGAAGUACAUCCAAAUUUGUCGAUGCCCGAGAGAAAUGAAUACGUUGCAACAAAUUUCGAGAUCAAGGAAACCGGCAAAAAUGAAAUUUCUUCUCCCCGCCUCAUUCGAGACGAUCAAUGGUUGAGAGUUUGGUUCAAACAAGAUGACGAGUUUCAUUUGCCGAAGAAAAUCACAAAGAUUAAUGUCACCUCACCAACAAUUGUCUCGGAUCCGCUCUCAACGGUGAUUGGAGGAGUUUUCACCACCUGUCUUUUGGAUGCUUUGGCUGAAGAAACGUACAAUCCCAUGUUGGCUGGACUCUCACAUUCAAUCGACAUUGGAUACAAUGGAAUCGAGAUUCGGGUUCGUGGAUAUGAUGAGAAGCAAAAUCUUUUCGUCCGAGACCUCGUGCGACGAAUGAUUCACUUUAAGCCUGAUCCCCUUCGUUUCAACGUUCUCAAAGAGGAAAUGAGACGAUCGUUGAGGAAUUUCUCGCACGGGCAACCAUAUUCCCUUUCUCAGCAUUAUCAUCUUUUGUUGACAGCGCAGAAAUAUUGGAGCAAAGAGCAAUUGUUGGCUUGUUGUGCAGAUGUCACCGUGCAAGAUGUGGAACAAUUCCUGGAAAAAGCUCUUCGCGGUUUUCACGUCGAGGUCUUUGUUCAUGGAAAUACAAUUGAACAGGAAGUGUUGGACCUGUCGGAGACAGUCCUAUCCGAGUUGCGAUCGAUUCCAAUCCCAUCAAGACCGUUGUAUGCAAAUGAAUGCGAUUUGAAGAGGGAUCAUCAAUUGUCGAUUGGAAGUGAUUUCGUCUUCCGACAUUUCCAACCAACCCACCCCGUCUCCUGCGUCGAUCUUCUUCUACAAUGUGGUGUCUUGGAAAAUCGUGGCAACGUUCUACUCGAACUAUUGGUGCAAUGUAUGCAAGAACAUGCAUUCAAUGUGCUGAGGACAAACGAGCAAUUGGGCUAUAUCGUGCACACGGGUGCUCGCCGUUUCUCGGGCACUCAAUCAUUGGAAUUGCUCAUUCAAGGGCCGAAAACUCCGGAUUUUGUUGAAGAGAGAAUUGAAGCAUAUCUUGAGAUGGCUAGGAGCUCAAUCCUUGAGAUGUCUGAGACUGAUUUCAACAAUCACAAAGAGGCUCUUGCUACAAAGCGUCUCGAAAAGCCGAAGACUCUUGGACAGCGAUUCAUCCGGUUCUGGAAUGAAAUUGAGUCACGGGAAUAUGAUUUCACAAGAGCUGUCGACGAAGUGGAACUCUUGCGAAAGUUCACAAAAGAAGAUCUCGUCGAGUUUUUCGAUCUUCGAAUCGGCAAAGAUGCAAAGGAAAGAAGGAAAUUGAUUGUGAUGGUUCAUGGAAGUGGUGACACCAAAGAAGCGGUCGCAGCCGAGAAAGCAUCGGAGCGUGAAAUCCGUUGCAUCGACUCUUUCCGAUCAGGUCUUCCCCUUUGGGCUCAUCCUCGUCCAAAAGUCGAAAUCCCUCCACCCGGUGCUCACUAUUUGAGCGAUCUCAGCGAAGAAAACGAGCUUCCGAAUGCUAAAAUU